AUGGGCGAUUUCGAAAUGUCACACAACGACUUGCUUGGCUUUCUAGCUCAAAGUUCCGCCAAUUCGACCAUCACUUAUGAUCCCGAAUUCUUCAACAAUGACCCGGCGGUGCCAGGGAAUAUCAUGUCCGCACCUGCGGAAUCAACUUCAAUGAAACUCCCAGAUAAUUUGCAGAGCAAAUCGCUGGGCCUUCAGCCCUCUGCAACCGAUCCUAUAGGAUACACCCAAUUCCCUGAAUUUUACGAUGCUUUUGGAAUCGCAGUGCCAGAGAAUACCAUGAUGACACCUCCAGAUUCAACUUCAUCCACAAUUAUGGAUAACUCACAAAGCAACUCACUUGAUUCAAUGCAUUAUGGGCCCUCUACAUACGAUCCCCGUGGAAGCACUUAUAACCCGGCGACUUUCGAUUUCUUCGACAUGGCCCUGCCAGAGCAUGCCAUGAUGACGCCCCCAGAAUCAACCCCAACAACCUUUCUAAAUGAUCCGCAGAGUGAGCUAACCAGCAUAAAGCAUCCCAACCCCUCUACAUUCGAUUCCGCGGGGCUCAACUUUUGCGAACCCAUCAGUCCCGAUGACUUCUUAUUCAAUCCUCCAUCGUCCCUCGCACUAGAUACAUUCAUCGAGUCCCAACCUGCUUGCCCGCAGUACUACAACAUCGAGGUCCCCGAAGUGGGAGAAAUCCGCCUACCUCCCUUCGUCGGCAUCAAUGACCCACUCGACACUCACGAUACUAAAGCCAUCAUUAGCAAUACCACAUGGACACUCAUUAGCGUCGCCGCAAUCAUAAACCUGUGCGUAUACCUCAACGAGAUCGACGACAGCUACGACGCGGUCACCUCUGUCGAAUUCGUCGGUCUCGAGAUGCUAGAAAUUGACGUAUUCCGCUCCAACGCCACCGAGCUCUUGCAGCGUUGCCAGAACGUUCAGAACGUUAAUCUCACCAUCGAUCUAAAUGACCUUAUCUUCAGCUAUGAAGGCGGUGUGAGGGCGAUUGACAUGCACGCUAUGGGACUCAAGUACGACUUUGCCGCCAUCACUGCGCUGCCGGAACUCAAGAGCGUGACGUUGGCGUUGAAGCCGUUCAUGGCGCUUGAGAAGAGGCUUCUGGCGAUAGAGGAAGAGAAGAAUGCGGCGUUGAGUAAUGGAUUGUGGGCUCUGGGUGUCGAACAAUUCUGGGGUAUGAAAGACUGGUUCGAGUUCCCAGCAGGUGAACCGGGAAGAUUCAUUAUUGUGACAUGCCCCAGCCUUCCAAACCUUUGA